AUGGACAGGAUCGUCGACGGAUUCUUCCCGAUGCACCCUGAACAAGUGUGGACGGAGGACGAUGUCGACGAAGACGAAAUUCCGGAAUUCUCUCGGGCUGAGCUUACAGUGGCGGUGACUCAGCUCGCGGGGGGAAAAGCUCCGGGACCGGACGGCAUCCCGGCGCAAGUCCUCGGGAUAGUUGCAAGGCUACGCCCGGGGAUUAUUCUCAGCCUGUACAACACAUGCUUGAAGACGGGAAUUUUCUGCAGAGAGUGGAAGACAGCCCGCGUGAUCCUCAUCCCUAAAGGCAAGGGUGGGGACCCCAAGGUGCCGUCUUCCUAUAGACCGUUGAGCUUGCUGAACUCUCUCGGCAAGCUCAUCGAAACACUACUCAGAACCCGGAUCCAGCAGGCUGUACGGGCGGCCGGGGGACUUUACGACAGACAAUACGGCUCAAGUAAUACUCCUACAGCUCAGUCAACUAUUUUCGGAUGGAUUCUUUUCGGGCCCACUGGUAAUCUUCCAACCUCUUCAAAACAGUGUUUUCACACGUCUGUURAUGAAGAACUCUACCAGCUCAUAAARAGRUUCUGGCAACUAGAUGAAAUUCCAGUUAAUAAUACCUUUUCUUUGACACCAGAAGACCAAGAGUGUGAAGAUCWUUUUAAAGCAACWCAUUCUCGAGAUAAUACUGGCCGUUACWUCGUUAGAUUGCCAUUAAGAAAACCAGUUCAAUCCCUUGGAGAGUCAAAAAGCGCAGCUUAUCGAAUGUUACUGUCCAUAUCAAAGCGACUKUCAAAAGAUUCGUCAUUGCGAACGGCUUAUUAUGAAUUUAUGAAAGAAUAUCAAAAUUUACAACAUAUGAGUAUAGUAACUGAUUCCUCUACUGAACCUAAGUACUGCUAUUACUUACCUCACCAUGGGGUAAUACGAGAACAAAGUUUAACUACUAAACUACGAGUUGUUUUCAAUGCUUCCUGCAAAACUUCCAGUGGAUUAUCAUUGAACGACAUUCUUCAUACUGGACCUAAAUUGCAGACUGAAAUAAUAGAUGUACUCUUACGGUUCCGUUUUUUUGAAUAUGUUUUCAUAUCGGAUAUUGAGAAAAUGUACCGUCAGAUCAAGGUACAUCCUGAUGACUGGGAUUUCCAAAGAAUUCUUUGGAAAAAUGAGAACGGUGAUUUCAUCUCAUACCAACUAACRACUGUUACCUAUGGAAUGGCUUGCGCUCCUUUUCUGGCACUACGAGCAGUGCAACARCUAAUUGAAGACGAAGGAUCAAAGUAUCCUCUAGCUAUUUCUGUUYUAACUGAAGGACGUUACGUUGAUGAUAUCUUURGUGGUGCAGAUUCCAUCCAGGAAGCUCAGGAAACAGUAAARCAAGUUAAUCAACUCUGCAUGGCGSGCGGUUUUCCUCUUAAAAAAUGGAUAAGCAACCAUCCCUYAAUUCUUCAUUCAAUAUCCUCUUYUGAUCAACUUCUUGCUUCGUCAGUAACCAUCGACAAAAAUACUGUUGUACAUGCACUGGGCAUGAAUUGGAGUCCAAUCACUGAUGAAUUYYAGUUUACAUGGAAUGUUCCCUUUUAUUCGAAAAUUACUAAACGUACUAUUCUUUCAACUAUUGCUAAAUUUUUUGACCCACUUGGACUACUAUCACCAGUGAUAAUCAAUGCAAAAAUCUUCAUUCAGCAACUUUGGACUAAUCAGCUUGACUGGGAUGACCCAUUGCCUACAGAACUUUCAAUUYAGUGGAARAAUUUGAUUCAAAGUUUUCAAGAGAUGAGCUUGAUUUCAAUUCCUCGCUGGAUUCAAACRUCCCACAGUAACCCCUGUGAAAUUCAUGGGUUCUGUGAUGCGUCUCAGCAAGCUCUUGCCGCUGUAAUUUAUAUAACCUCUAAAGACUCAAAURACAAAAUUCAUACUAUGUUAUUGUGCUCAAAGACUAAAGUURCUCCCAUCAAACGUUUAACGAUUCCUCGAUUAGAAUUAUCAGCYGCUGUAAUGCUUACAAAAUUAGUUCAUCAUGUCCUUCAAAARUUCGAAGUGAAUAAACUUUUAAUUCAUCUUUGGACAGACUCAGCAAUCUCACAUGUUUGGAUAAAUGCUCAUCCAUCUCGGWGGAAAGAAUUUAUUCAUAAUAGAGUUUGUUUAAUUCAAGAAACUCUCCCUACAGCUAAAUGGCAUUAUGUACCAGGAAAAGAUAAUCCUGCAGAUUNACGCGUUUAA